UUUCCGUUCCAGUCGUCUCCUGAGGAGGUGAAAGCAGCUGUAAAGACUGCAAUCGAGUCUGGUUAUCGUUUGAUUGAUACAGCUGCGGUCUACCAAAAUGAAGAGGCCAUUGGAGAAGCAAUCAAGGAACUGAUCAGUGCAGGCAAAAUCAAGCGUGAGGAUCUGUUCAUCACCACCAAGGUAUGGAUCACACAUGAGCAUCCGGACGACACCGAAGGAGCAAUACGCGAAUCCCUUCGUAAACUCCAAAUGACAUAUGUGGACCUGUACCUGUCCCAUAUGCCGACUUGCUUCAAUAAUGACAUGACAGAACAAAGGAAGGAAGUGACAGUACAAGAUAUAUGGCGAGGGCUGGAAGGUGUCUAUAAUAAAAAACUCACUAGAGCAAUUGGUGUGUCGAACUUGGAACAGCGAACAAAUGGAACGUGUGUUGAAAACCGCAACCGUGCCGAUCCACAACAAUCAGGUAAUUUCAUCGUAGAGCUUCACCUUUACUGGCCUCAGCAUGAACUUCACGAAACCUGCAAGAAGCAUAAUAUCUCACUCACUUCGUAUGCCACUCUGGGAUCACCUGGUCGAGCACAAUUUAUGCCAGACAAAUUCGGUUGGAAGGAAUCUCCGAAGGAUCUGGACGAUGCGCAUGUGAAGGAGUUGGCUAAGAAAUACUCGAAAACUCCGGCUCAGAUUUUGCUGCGAUACGCGAUGGAUCGUGGAAUCGCCAUUAUACCGAAAUCAGUGAAACCUGCACGUGUAGUCGAGAACUUCCAGUUGUUUGACUUUUCGUUGAGUAAAGACGAUAUCAAGCUGUUGGAAUCGACAAAGCAUCGCCAGAGGCUCUUCUCAGACGAUUUCAUGAUUGGCCAUCCGGAAGAUCCUUUCAAGAGUGAAAGGAAGUAA